GGGGGGAGGACGGGGUUGCGGCGGGCGGAACGGUGUCUCCUUCACUUCGCCCUCCAGUUGCGGCAGCCGCAGCCGGACCCCGAGCGUGCUGAACUGCGGCGACGGACCCCCUCAGGAGACCACUAGAUCACCUUUUCCCGCGGCCUCGCCAUGGCAACCUACGGACAGAGCUGCGCUCGGCCAAUGUGUAUCCCUCCAUCAUAUGCGGACCUUGGCAAAGCUGCCAGAGAUAUUUUCAACAAAGGAUUUGGUUUUGGGUUGGUGAAACUGGACGUGAAAACAAAAUCGUGCAGUGGCGUGGAAUUCUCAACAUCUGGUUCAUCUAAUACAGACACUGGUAAAGUUACUGGGACCUUGGAGACGAAAUAUAAAUGGUGUGAGUAUGGUCUGACUUUCACAGAGAAAUGGAACACUGAUAACACUCUGGGAACAGAAAUCGCAAUUGAAGACCAGAUAUGUCAAGGUUUGAAACUGACAUUUGACACCACCUUUUCACCAAACACAGGAAAGAAAAGUGGUAAAAUCAAGUCUUCUUACAAGAGGGAAUGUAUAAACCUUGGUUGCGAUGUUGACUUUGAUUUUGCUGGACCUGCAAUCCAUGGUUCAGCUGUCUUUGGUUAUGAGGGCUGGCUUGCUGGAUACCAGAUGACCUUUGACAGUGCCAAAUCAAAGCUGACAAGGAAUAACUUUGCAGUGGGCUACAGGACUGGGGACUUCCAGCUACACACUAAUGUGAAUGAUGGGACAGAAUUUGGAGGCUCAAUUUAUCAGAAAGUAUGUGAAGAUCUUGACACUUCAGUAAACCUUGCUUGGACAUCAGGUACCAACUGCACUCGCUUUGGCAUUGCAGCUAAAUAUCAGUUGGAUCCCACUGCAUCCAUUUCUGCAAAAGUCAACAACUCUAGUUUAAUUGGAGUGGGCUACACUCAGACUCUGAGGCCUGGUGUGAAGCUUACACUGUCUGCUCUGGUAGAUGGGAAGAGCAUUAAUGCUGGAGGCCACAAACUUGGGCUUGCCCUGGAGUUGGAGGCUUAAUCCAGCUGAAAGAAACCUCGGGGAAUGGAUAUCAGAAGACUUGGCCUUAAUAUAUUUCCAGUGUGACCAGCAGGCUUUUUUUCCCUCCAAGAAGGUGAUCAAAACAAAGGAUGAGCUAAACAAGAGCUGUGUUUUCAAUAUUUAGACAGUUACUUGUUAGCUGGUUUCUAGUUGAAUUGGUUGUCUAUCUAGUUACCAGUGCUGCAGUCGUGCAGUCACCCGUACAUUAUUUAAAUGUAUUUAACUGUUAAAUGAGCUACCCACCAAUAAUGAAAUAGACCUUUAUGAAAACUGUGCAAUUGUGUGCAUGUUUGUUUUUAUGUUUCUUUUAACAUUGAAUAUUGCCAUUGAAUGAAAUGGAUCAGUGGAUUUAAGAUGAGGUUAAAAUUUUUUUUGUUAAAUAGCAACCAUUAGAAUCAACUUUUGGUAUCCUAAAACAUGACAAAUUAUGAAUAAAACAAGUAUACAUAAUUAAUGACUCCAAGUAUUUGCAGAAUUAAAAAUUUGCUAGCUGGGGUCAAAUCUCUCUUGAUAUCUAGCUAAUAAUUAAUUUUUUUCUGGUGAGCAUUUUGCUCUUUACCAAAACCUGUGCCACAAACUCCUCUGUGUUCUUAACUUUGUGAGCUUUGUAGAGUACAAUAAAAUAGAGGAUAUAUGGCUUUAUAUCUUUAGCUUGAAAGUUUGCACAAUUAAUGUUGGAUCAUUGUUGACUCCAGGAAGGAUUGGAAAAUAAGUGAUGAAGGGUGGUGCUGAAAAGUUAUAUACAUAUACCAUACCCCUGUGAGCUAUUGCUAUGGAAAUGAACCAGUUAGGUGGGAUGAGACUCGGUGCAGGGAAAUGAAGUAAGGUGUAGACCGUAUCCAGAUCCAGAGGGACUGUGAGGGGAGCAUUUGGGCCCAGUGAGAGGUCAUUACUUAUUUUCCUGACUGAAAAGCUUGGGCCUGAGUUUGGGAUCAGAGGCAGUGCCUUCAGUCUAUAUGGCCAUUGACCUUCAUCUGGAUUUGGGCUGAUUGAUAGAAAUUAAUAGGUAAUUUUGGUUAGAAAAGUAGGAAAGAACAAGCUUUUUGAUGGGAGAAUUAGUUUGAAGGAUGGGAACAAAGUUAGAGAAGGGGAAGAUUUGUUCUACAAAUUCAUAAUACAGACCUGAAGUACAGUUUGAAGCCUGAUAGAGAACCGAUUAAAGUGUAGUACUGUGAGACUCAUUACCCAAACAGUGAUAGAUAACUUGUUGAAAAUUUCCUGGUCAAGAAAAAUGUGAUGAGAAAUUAGAAGCCUAAGUAAGCUCUCCACACACAUGUCUUGGAGGGUACAAAGACUCCUCUGGUCUCAUAUUUUGUCCUAAGGGGCUGGCUGGAAUGAUCCAUGUGAAUCACACAUAUGACUUAAUGGCAGAAAGUUGGAAUUUGAACAAAUUUAUUUGAGUCAGCACCUGUUGCUAGGAAGGAAAAAGGAAACGAUGUCUGUGAAAGCACCUCUUGUGCUUUUGGGAUACCUAGGUAUGAAGUAGACCAGCAGAGUCUCAAACUGCUGGUGGGGCUCAGGUGGGGAGGAAACCUGGUUACUGGGCCUGGAAGUAGCUGAAGCCCUCUGGAUGGUCUGCUGCCCCUUAGCUAACUGGUGGCCCGCCCUCAUGCUGUGGCAAGAGUUCACCCGGUCCAGUACUCUGGCUCUGGACUAGGGUGUAAGCAUAUGUUGUGAAGUGUGCCACAAAUGAGUUUGUCAAGGAUCUACCUAGAAAAAUUGUACCUAUCUACUCAUGUGCAUCCUAAUGUGCUUUUAUGAGUGCAGGAGAGAAGGGUAGGUUUACAGCCAGAGGCCCAAGCAUUGUCUAAAAUACUGGGUUGACCAAAAAGUCCAUUUAGUUUUUUCCAUAAAAUAAAAGACAUGUUUUUCCUUUUUUUAAGAUUUUACUAAUUUCUAGAGGGGAAGGGAGGGGAGGUGGGGCGCCUCUCAUGCGCCCCCAAGUGGGGACCUGGCCCGCAACCCAGGCAUGUGCCCUGACUGGAAAUGGAACCAGUGACUCUGGUUUGCAGGCCAGCACUCAGUCCACUGAGCCACAUCAGCCAGGGCCUAAAAGAUACAUUUUUCUUUUUCACCAAUAACUUUAUUGAUUUGGGUAUUUAGAGUAUGUUGGUUAUUUUCUGCCAUUGUCUUCUAGUGGGUGGAGGCCAAGGGUGCUGCUAAACUUCUUCCAAUGUAUAAGACAGCCCCACAGCAAAGAGUUAACUGUAUUUGGCCAAAAUGUCAUUAGUACCAAGAAACUUCUCAAACCACAUUUGACAUAUUUGAUCAGUUACAACACCUUCUCCAUACACUGCACAAAUCUUUUGCGUUUCAGUUGCAUUUUUACCUUCCUUGAAAUAAUAAAGCAUAAUGUGUCAAAAA